AUGGAUCGGUCGUUUAAUUGCUUACUUGUAAACAAUAGAAAUGUAAAAACAAUUUCUAUUUUCAAAGACUCUGAUGAAAGAAAGUACAUAUUGUAUGAUGAACAAAAUGAUCUAAAAAUCUACUUAAACCAACUCAACGUUGCACUUUUAAGAAACCAUAUCAGGGGAAUGUACAAAAUUCAAGAAUACAUGAAACUUUGGAAAGUUAAUGUCCAUAAUGUUGAUAUCGAAAAAAUUUCUACUGAAGAUGACAUUGUCGAACUUGGCGGAAUAGAAAUGGAUCCUCUUAAACUGGUUGAAAAAUAUUUUGAAAAUGAACUUAAUGAUCAAAAUUUUAUAAAGGAAAACAUAAGAAAUAUCCAAAUCAUCGCCAUCUAUGAUAUCGCUGGUAACGACUUUCCAAACCCAAACAAAAAGGUGAAUUUCGAAGAAGAUAAGAGAAUGUUGGUUCGUUAUGAUCAUUAUGGUACAGUCUUAUUUGAGCGAGAAGAACUGGAAGAAAAUGGAAUUCAUUAUCUAGAUGAUCUAAAAGAAUUAAUCAAAGAUAGGUUUAAUACCCUCAGAAAAUAUUCCCAUGGGAUGUUCUCCCUUCGCAAAAGAAAUGAAAUGAAAACCUUGGAUCCCACUAUUUCUAUUGAUAAUCUAUAUAAUAUGGAAUUAGAUGUUAUUAUAAUUAUUGACUUUCCAAACAAAAAGGUGAAGCUCGAAGAAGAUGAUUAUGAAUGGGAAAGAAUUAAAAAAGCAUUCCAAACUGAAUACCAGGGCACUGUUCUGGAAGGCUUUUACGCUCGGCUAAAUCAAUUUCAUGAAACUUGGUUGUCAGAUGGAAGGUACGCCCCUUAUUUAGCAAUCACACAAAGCUCCGGUUCCGGUAAAACGCGGCUUGUGGCGGAAUUGAGAACCAAGGGGAUCUAUGUCUUGUACAUCUGCAAACGUAGUGAGUAUAGUUCUGGAUACCCCAAAUCAACACCUUAUGCUCAACAAGUUCUGGAUACAAUUCGGGAUAAUAAAUUUAGGGCUCUUUUGUGUGGCGCAAUCGAAAAAAUUAAAGACAAAGGAUGGAAUACAGAGCAGUUUUGGAAUAUUCAAAUUAGCGGUGAUCGCGAAUGUGAAGAAUUCUGGAAUACUGUUUUGAGAUCGUUAGUGAAAAGUGAAUCUUCUCUACCAAAAUACAAUAACCAAGAAUUUGUUAAGAAAUUAUUUCCCGGAAUAGAUAUCCCUGUAGUUUGUUGUAUUGACGAGGCACAUGAAUUGAUUACGCGGAGAAAGGAUGGUGAUACCUACUUUGUUCUAUGGAGACAACAAAUUCGGCAUAUUCCAUGGAUAGGAUUCUUUAAUAUUCUUCUCAGCACAAAUAGGAAGAUUGACAAUUUCCUUCCUCCAACGAUAAUAGAUACCGUCUCUGCCAGAACAACUAAUUUCAAAAUAUUUCCUGCGUAUUUAGAUGUCAGUACCACGGACGUGUUAGCAUUACUUGCUGAAAACGUUGGUAAAGAAAACUUUGAUAAAAAUUACGAUCUUGAAAGGGUUGCAUAUCUAGGAACUCCCCUUUGGGGCUCUCUUGCUAAAGCCGGAGUUGGAGUCGAUGAACUUAUUCAACUAGCUUUGUGCAAGAUCCGCAACUUUAGCAAUAAGAAGGAUGAUUAUAUUGCUAACUUUGCAUGUAUAUCUUGCACCCUGGCUCUUGAAGUUCCUCCUCGAAUUGCAGAAGUAGACGAUCUGAUAGCAUCCCAUAUGGCUACUGCUAUAGGGAUUUCACCUGAUCGUACAAGUAUUCUUUGCACAUAUCCUUCUGAUGCUAUCCUUGCAUCUGGAGCUCUAAAAGGAAUCAUUAAUGUUGGUUGGAAAAACUGCUUGGACACAUUGGUGGAACUGCUCAAUCGUGGGGUAGUAGAAGUGGGAGAAAGAAGAGAACUUGUCAAUCGCAUCCUAUUUUCGAUGAGAUAUGGAGAUGUAAAUGUUUGGACCAGAAGUUACAUAUUUGGAGAAAGUUCCCUUAAGAUCAUUUUUAGAAAAAAUGAAUGGCCAUGA